CCAUUAUGCACCUCCCACGGGCGAGAGGGCGAUGAAUAGGGGCUUUUGUUUAGUGUACGUGCGCUCUGUGUGUAGGGUACGCUCGGUUGAUCACACUGGGCUUUCUGUGUACAUGUACAUGUACACAGUGUAUAGGCACUUGCAUACACGAUGUCUUCCAGUAAAGACGAGCAAACUUUGACUGCUACCAGUGGUUUAGAUUCUGAUUCGGAAUCUGAACAAAGUUCAGAAAUUGAAAGUAGUGACAGCGAUUCUGACGAACAAGUCCCGUUAGCAACGUUAGAGAAGCGAGCCAAGACUACCCAAUCAAUUCGAUGGAAGGACACGGACAACUUUCCUCGUCGAUUUGGCUGUCAUGGAACAACGGGAGUUCAAGUGCCGGGUUUGAAUGAACUUAGCGAAGCAACGGAGAUCUUCGAAAACUUCUUCCCUCCCGAACUGGUGGCGCACAUCGCCGAUGAGACAAAUCGCUACGCCGCCCUGAAACCAAAGCGUCAAUCGCCAAGUCCAAGUCACAUGAGGGAAUGGUUCGAUACUACUCCAGAUGAGAUGUCGGUGUUCCUGGCCAUGACAAUCAUCAUUGGAAUAAUGCCCAAGCCGGACUUGAAACUCUACUGGACGAGAGACCCCGUAUUUGAGACCCCGUUCUUCCCCAACACCAUGCCCCGUGACCGAUUCAUGGAGCUGCUGUUCCAUCUGCACUUACGUCAGGCAGAUACGAAUGAUCGCCUCUACAAGGUCCGCCCGGUGAUAGAUACACUGACUGAGAACUUCAAAUCAGUCUACCUUCCCGACAGCCGUAUAUCCAUGGACGAGUCGCUGUGGAAGUUCAAGGGAAGAUUGAAGUUCAAGCAAUUCAACCCCAAGAAGCGCGCCAGAUUUGGCAUCAAGGUAUACAGAGUCUGCCAAAGCACGGGAGCUGCCGCCGGAUAUACCUGGAACUUGAAAAUAUACACGGGGCAAGACAAGAGCGAUACACCGGCAAGUACGAAAAUCGUACUUGACUUGAACGCAGAUCUUCUCGGCAAGGGGUACACCGUUUUUCUUGACAACUGGUUCAGCAGCCCUUCUCUGUUUCUGGAACUCCACAGUCACAAGACCAACGUCGUCGGGACAGUCAGGAAAAAUCGGAAGGACAUGCCCAAGGACUUGUGCGACUUGCAACUUCGUAAAGGCGAAGUUGCAUAUCGCUCUUCAGACAAAGGCCUGCUUGCCUUGGUCUGGAAAGACAAGAAAGAUGUACGCAUGUUGUCUACGAUGCACACGGCCGCAAUGGGGGACUCCGGCAAGUGCGACCGUUACAAGAAGUCCAUCGAGAAGCCCAAGUGUGUCAUCGACUACAACACAGGCAUGAAGGGCUUGGACAUGUAAGACCAACUUGCCUCAUCUCGCCGCACGGUCAGAAAGUCCAUCAAGUGGUACAAGAAACUGUUCUUCUACCUGCUAGAUGUCUGCCUUUUGAACUCUCAUCUUGUGCACAAAGCAUUGGGUGGGACUGACAAAUACUUGAAUUUCAGGUGGACACUAGUGAAUGAAAUACUAGGGGCCCACACACCAAACCUCCCUGUAUAUCGAUCUAGAGGUAGACCCGCCCGUCUUCCUGGUCCACGUAGACUGAAAGGAAGACACUUCCCUGCUGACAUACCCUCAACGGGGAAACGUGCUAGGUUGUUCAAACGUUGUGUUGUUUGUUCAAGAAAUUUCAUUAGAAAAGAAACUAGAUUCAUGUGUGAAACUUGUGAAGUUCCCCUUUGUCCUGCCCCUUGUUUCAAAGUUUAUCAUUGAACCAAGUAAAUUGUUUGAUACCCUGGAAGACAUCUUGUAUGCAACCCACCUCACCAAUAUAAUUUCACUGUACAGCAUUUCAGUUUCAUUUCAGUUGUAAUUAUAAAGAGAGAAAAGAGAAAAAAAGACAUUUGUAAAUAACAUUUGUAUUCAGUUCAGUUACUUCAUUUUAUUUGAAAUGAUGAGAAUAAGAAAGUAAGAGAAAAUAAGAAGUGCAAAAUCAUUUUUGUAAAUGUGAAGAGGAAUAACAAAGAAAUGACAAGAAAUAUGUGA